AGAGGUUUUUUUGAGUGUCGUGUGUGACAUCGCGUGCUCAAAUUUCGCGUGAAUCCGGUCAGUGCGAGUGCGAGCGCGAUGGCAGGGGGUUCGGCGGACGUGUCGUCUUCCCGGAACGCGGCCGAGAGCCACCAGUUGCGCGGCGAGGCGGCCGCGGACCGACGAACUGGCUCUCCUCUCGCAGUGUGGACCGCCAGUGUUCCAUCUCCGGGCAGCCCGAGCAUCCACAUCUUCCCGGACGACCACGUUCAUCAGCACAGCAAUGGACACGCGGCGUCCAUGUCCGCGGACGCCGCCGCGACGAAAUGCGGAAGCGGAACAGCGGCGGCAGGAGGAGCAACAGCGGCGGCGGCGACUCCCGCUGCUGCUGCGUACCAGCGCAUCAAAGAUAUCUUCCACACGGGGCGCCACAUCAUCGUCACGAAUCUCCCGCAAGACGUCACAGAACAGGAUGUUUCAGGCUGUCCGAAAGUUUGCCUAUUUGUGCUGAUGUUUUUUCGGGAAGACGAAAAAGUCCGUGGUGAGAGAAUGCAGUUUAUCUGUCCCAGUUCUGCGCACCUUUGCCAUCCUGGCUCUGUCUUGAACUCUGUGGUGUAUCUCUUGAAGAGUCGAGGAGCAGCCCGGCCGAGUGCAGUGCCCUUGGACGAACCCCCGAGGCCGGUUUUCCGCGCUCGGCUGCGUCGGUCAUUACCUCAUACCUAUCAUCCCGCCUCGAGGCAAAAAGGAGACAAUAAAAACCGCACUCGGGAGAACGGAGGCGUGUAUGUAUAUGGGAAUAGAGGAACUGCGGUCAGUGACUUCUACGGCCGAGGAGGAGGAGACGGCCCGACUCGGCUCGUACACGUACAAGGGAUGAUCCAUAAGUUACAAGAAACUCCUAGGCCCUUCCUGGUGGACAAGGCGAGAAAUGUGUGUUUCUCUGUACAGCUGAAUUGCAGUAAAAUGCUUGGGCUACCUUGA